AGCCGCUCCUCCUCCCCGUCCAGAAGAGGAGGAGAUCCUUCACCUCCAUCCCUCCCAUGAGGCCAUGAGACUGAGAGUACUUCAUGCGUCUAUAAAAAGAGCUUUCUUCAGCUGGCGAGCAGCAGCAGCACCUCUCCAGCCGAGUAUUUCACUGCAAAAGCAGGAGAGCGAAGAAUCGCAUUCGCCGCUCCAAACACAGUAAACGGAAGAAAAGAAGCAGAGAAGAAAAGAAAGCCUCUAGACAAAAAGUAUGAAGAUGGUUUGCACAUCCUGGUUGUUUGUGAUUGUGAUGGUCCAUCUGUGCAUCCCUGGAUUUGGAUCAGUACGCCAGGACAGCGCCAACUGCAGGGACCUGAGUGACAAGAAAAAACUACUGGACUGCAUUCAUCAGUGCCUGUCUGCAAUCCAGACCGAACUGCCAGAGGUCAACGGCAAUGACCUCUUACCCAGCAUGCUGCUGGCCGGCCUGACCUCUGAAGAUGAGACAGAAUCGAACCUGAAUGUGCGCAGCGACGUCAGGCGCUCCCGCUCCAUGCAGCAUUUUCGCUGGGCCAAACCCACCGCUGAGAAACACCUGCCCACCGCUGUGGAGGAAAGCGCUCCUUACGAGGCCGCGUUCCCCCAUCAGGCGCGGCGGCACCUGAGCGGCGUGGAGGACCUCGGCCUUCAAAGCCACAGACCGCUGAAGGUCAUGGUCAGCCCCAAAACGCACAUCCUUCCGAGCCCUCCGGAGAGAAAAGACGCCACCUAUCGGAUGAGUCACUUCAGAUGGGGAAGCCCACCGGCAUCUAAACGAAGCGAGGGAAGCUUCAUAAAGCUGUGGGAGGAUGAGGACCCGCUGGUCAAGAUCUUCAGGAACAUUAUGGAGCAGGACGACAGCAGGAGGCGGGCUUAACACUCACAAAA